GACUAAACACAACGCACGCACACAGCUAGCCUAGACCGAACGAAGAAGGGAAUACCGGCGGCGCGACUCGGCGGCGCGACCCUCCCGCGGCCAUCUGCCGGCGGCGCGCCUCCCGGCGGCGGCUUCCCCUCCUCCGUGCCCUCCUCCAUGAACUAAUUUUCCCAAAAAACAAAGCCAAAGAUUGGCAGAACAAGCAGAAGCCCUCACGGUCACGGCUGGCUCGGAAGUGAAACAAAUCCUGUAUCCCCUUCCCGGCUCGUGUCCUGCGCCGCCGACCGCCGAUUCCUCUCUUCGCAAGCGCAGGAGCAGGGGAGAAGAGGCGUCCGGUGCUGUCCUCCUUCCUCCGAACCCACGCCGCAUCGAAGACGGAGGAACUCCUCCCGUGGGGAGGUCCGACACCACCCAGCACCCCCACCCACUUCGACUCGGCGCCGCCCCGUCCCCGUCGCCGCCCUCUCUGCUGACCUCUGCCUCCUCUGCUGCCGGGAUAAUGGCUCAUCGCGGACACUCAGAUGGACGGAUCUCCCAAACUCCAGGCCUAAUGCGCCAUGGUGCAUUCUCUACAGCCAGCCUCUCUGCCCGCCAACCUUUAGAGCCUUCUCCUGCCACCAUUUUGGAGAUUCUGGAGAACAAGCUUGCCGCGCUGACCGGAGAGGCAGAAAAGCUUAUCAGAGAGAAUCAGCGAUUGGCAUCAAGCCAUGUGGUUUUGAGACAGGAUAUUGUUGAAACUGAGAAAGAAAUGCAAAUGAUUCGCAGCCACCUAGGUGAUGUCCAGGUAGAGACUGAUAUGCACAUAAGAGAUUUGGUGGAGAGAAUCAGAUUAAUGGAGGCAGACAUACAGGCUGGUGAUGCAGUGAAGAAAGAACUUCAGCAAGUGCAUAUGGAGGCAAAGCGGCUUGUUUCUGAGAGGCAGAGGUUUACUUCUGAGAUAGAGAUACUGACUAAAGAGAUACAGAACUUCCCUGUUGACAAUAGUAACCUUCCUGAAUUGGUUGCGGAGCUAGAUGGGCUACGGAAAGAGCAUCACAAUCUAAGAUCUGCGUUUGAGUAUGAAAAAAAUACAAACAUCAAGCAAGUCGAGCAGAUGCGGACAAUGGAAAUUAACUUGAUAACCAUGACUACAGAGGCUGACAAGUUACGAGCUGAUGUGGCAAAUGCUACAAACCGAGCACAUGGAGCACAUGUGACAGCUCCACAGCCUGGGACUGCACAAGCUGCAGCGGCGUCAGCAGCCACAAAUCCGUAUGCAAAUGCAUAUGCCAAUCACCCCUCCGCAUAUCAGCAAGGGACUCCUCAAGCAGCAGCAUAUCAGCAAGGGACUCCUCAAGCAGCAGCCUAUCAGCAAGGGACUCCUCAAGCAGCAGCCUAUCAGCAAGGGACUCCUCAAGCAGCCGCAUAUCAGCAAGGAACCCACCAAACGGCGGCGUAUCAGCAAGGAACCCACCAAGCUGCGGCAUAUCAGCAAGGAAAUCCCCAAGCUGCAGGAUAUCAGCAAGGAAACCCCCAAGCUAUGGCAUACCAGCAUGGGGCAUAUCAGCAAGGAACCACACAGGCUGGAGCAUAUCAGCAAGGAACCCCACAAGCUGGAGCAUAUCAGCAAGGAACCCCGCAAGCUGGAGGAUAUGCUUACCCAACCGCUUAUGACGCCAAUGCUUACCAGAUGCAUGCUAAUGCAUAUGCGGGCUAUUCUGGCUAUCCAGUUGCAGGGUAUGCACAGCCUGGUUAUCCCGGCACGUACGCCACACCUCAGCAUCCAACAACCAGUGGCGCGGCUACUGAUGGCACAAACGCGUACGGUGCGGCUGCUAGCACGGGGUAUCCUGCUCCGCCGGUUCAGGCAAGCAGUGGAGCUGCUAACACGGGACAGGCACCACCAGCUCCCUAAUCCCUAUCCUGCAACGUAUGACCCUACAAGUGGAGCCCAGAGGUGAAAGCCGGGGUUGUAACAUGAAUGAUUGUCUCUGUGCCAUGCACAUUUUAUCAGACAAUGUCAUGGUUGUUUUUUCCCUUAUGUACAUUCACUACCAUAGCUUUAUGGAAACUGUUUAGUCUUUAAGAAGUUGCACGGUGAAUUGCAGUUUAUAGUCUGAGGCUGGAAUUGACGGGCGCAAUUGUUGGUUAA